GCACCUGCUACAUAAAGGGGUAAAAUUGUAAAAUCACGUUUAAGGCAAAGUGGCAAACCCUACGGCUGCCAAACAAGAAUGACAUUGUCACUGUCAACAGUCUCUCUCUCUCUCGGCCAUGCGAUGAAGGAGAAGAACCAUGUCAAAGAACAGAGGUUCAAUUUAGAAGAAAAAGAACAAUGAAGUUAGUUGCAAAGAAGAGGUAAUGAGGCAUAGCUGCAUCGUUGGAACAGGAAUUUCUAAACUGUGGGUGUUGGCUUUCUAAUAGACUGGGAAUACAAAGCUUGCGGAGUUAAAGAGUGAAAGCCUUAUAUUUGAUUAAACUUAAGCAACAGAAGAUGGCGUUGAGGCGUCUUUUUGGGUUUUCUGAUGGGGAGCUGAUGAGAUUUGAUGCAAAGCCAUGUUCGAGAUUAAUGAGGCACACAGCAGGAAUUUUCACCGUAGGUGGAGGGCUGGCUUUUUGGGUUCUUUGUCAAUUGCAUUAUGGUCCAAGGAUAACAAUUCCCAGGAGUCUCAAGUGGGCUGCUUGCGGAGCUGUAUCUGUGAGCUCAACCUCCGCUUUGCUGGUUUGCCUUUUUAGUCCUGAAUGUGAACCGCAGAACAUUGCAGCUUUUGACAAAGGAAAAUGAAUUUCAAUGGUCUGUGAGGUUUACAAUUUGAUAUGUCAAAUUAGUUCCCAUUACUCUAUUCUUGCAAGAGUAGUUUUUGUAUUAGUAUAAUUCACAGAACAAAAAUUUGUCUUUUCUUUUUUCAGCUUUGGUGACAUCUUUGGGAAAUAUAAAAAACAGUGUAAUAUGACAAAAUUCAACUGAAUGCUUAUGGUGUGGAAAUCAACAGUAUUGGCAUUAUCUGAUCA